AUGGCAGGCUCCAUUCUGAAAAAGCUAAAGAACGACUUGCAACGGCAUGAUCUUCUGAGGCAUCAAGGCGGAAAGAAGAGUAAAAGCGGAAACGGAAGAGAUCGAAAGGAUCGGGACCGGAAAGUUUUAGACUCGAUUCGAGAGGCCUUCAAUCCAUUCGACACAAAGAAAAACCGAGAGAAGUUCCAAGCACUUGGACAAAAUGUAACUGGGCAACAAGGCAAGCCUGGAAUCUCAAAGCAAAUUGGCGAGGAUCAACGAAAGCAGACUUACGAGGCACUCAAGAGGGUCAAGAACCGGGUUGGUGCAGUUGUCGAUCGUCGUUUUGGUGAAAACGACAAAAAUAUGAGCUCAGAAGAUGUAAUGGUGGAACGUUAUGCACGUGAACGGAUGGCACGCGUUUCUAAAGCCUCCAGAUUCAACUUGGACGACGACGACGAUGGAGAUAACGAAAUUUUAACCCACUAUGGACAGGCUCUAUCCAUGGAUGACGAUUUUGCUGAGGGCGAUCUUGGGCUGGAAGAUGAUGAACUCCCAAGCUCGAGUAAAAAGCGCAAGCUUGACGAGGGAUUGGGUGUUCCAAUGCCUGAUGCCUCUGCCGAACCCCAUAAGAAGUCCAAACACGAAGUCAUGCAGGAGAUUAUCCAGAAGUCAAAGCUACACAGAGCAGCAAGACAGCAAGAAAAAGAACACCAAGAAGAUGUUGUUGAUGAGCUGAACAGCCAAGAUGCUUUCGACAGUCUGAUGGCUGAUCUGAGGCAGUUUGAAAAGUCCAACAACCCCACCCAGCAAGAUGUUAGCGAGAUUAACGCAGCCUAUGAUCAGGCAGUAAGAGAAAUGGCCUUUGAUAGAAGAGCUCAGCCUGGCAACCGUACUAAGACAGAGGAGGAACUCCGUAAAGAAGCUGCAGAGAAACGUGCAAACCUGGAGAAAAUGCGACAGCAGCGUAUGGAAGGUGAAGGUGACGAUCUGGACAUUGGCGGGGUUGGUAACGAUGCAGAACUGUUCGGUUUGGAACUCGAAAGCGAUGGUAGUGAGGAAGACGUUGAGUUCAGUGACGAGAGCGACGCUGAAACAAAACAGAGAGAUCUGCAGGCGACCACUAAAUGCCCGCAAACAACAGCUGAGUUGAAGCGUGCUAUCUCUGCUGGGGGUGGUAACGAUGUUGCUACUAUCAAAGAAAUCUUGAAACAGGUUGAUCCUGCCAGAGCUGCUGGUAAUAAGAAGCUAAUCGAAAAAUUCACUGUUGUUCUAUGUCAGUAUACUUGCCAGUCGAAGGAAACAGCAGCAUUUAAAGAUUUGGUACUGAUCUUGAAGGAGCUAGUGCCCAAGUAUAGCACCGUGGUAGGAGAUCACUUCAGAAAGGCAGUCGACGAGGUACACCAAAAAGUCCAGUCAAACAAGCCUUUAAACGGUGCGGAUAUGCUUAUGUUUUCUUUGGUACCCGUCUUCUUUUCCACUUCGGAUCAGUGGCACAUUGUCUCCAAUGGUGCUACUCUAGUUUUGGCCCAGCAUCUGUCAAAGACAAUGGCAAUGGAUACCCAGAGCAUCGCUGUGGGCCUAUAUUUCUGCGAUCUCCUUUUAGCAUAUCAGAGAAUUUCCAAACGGUUCAUUCCUGAAAUUCCAGCCUUUCUUUUGAAAACUUUGUCGGCAGUCGAUGGCGUUGAACCGGCUGCAAAACAUGUUCGCGGGCCUAGAACCUCCACUAUCAAGUUAGGCAGUAGUUUCGCGAAGGUCAAGCCGGAGGGCCUGAAGCUAACACAACUAAGGCAUCUUACAGGCGAUCAGUUGGUCGUUUCCUUAGUGGGUGUGAUUGACCGAGCAUCGACUCUUUGGCGAAGCUUAGAAGCGUACGCUGAGCUGUUCGAGCCCUUGAGUAAGAUGCUUCAUCAUCUGGCUGAAAACGCAUAUAUCAAAGAGGUAUCAGGACGAUUGGACAAGACAAUCAAGUUCGCUAUUCAGGAUAAGAGGCCCCUGCAGCUUCAAGAGCUGCGACCCAUGGCAAUUGUUACACAGGCACCUUUGUUCGAGGAUAAUUUCAACCCUGAGGUCAAAUCUUACAACAUGAAUCCAGAACUUCGCGAAGCACAAAAGCUCAAGGCUAUACUCAAGAAGGAACGCAAGCAAACACUAAAGGAGAUCCGACGAGAUGCAGAAUUCUUGGGCCGCGAGAAGCUCAAGGAGUCUCGCGAUUCUAUGAACGAAUACCACAAAAUGCUCGCAUCGCUCACAAACAAGAUCAAUUCCGAAGAAGGAGCGGAGCGAAACCGCUACGAACGGGAAAAACGCAAGCGUCGACGUUAA